CACAAGCAAUUUGGUCGUCCAAAUCUGCGUCACUGUUGCAUAUAGACGAUCCGGACCGAAUACGACCGUUCGAGAGAAAGAGAGAGAUGGCGCUACCGACUCAGCUCUUCAUCCUCGUCGCCUCCGCCUGCCUUCUCCCACACGCCGCGGUAGCCUUGCCGGUAUCCUCCGCGUACUGGGAACAAGACAACGAUGCCUUGGGCUUCGGCCAAGACCCACCCGUCAGACAGGGCAGUCUGGGGGUUCCUCUCCACAUAGCCUCACUGUCCGGCCUCCGUGGCCUGCCUGAUGUUCGGGAGGUCAGCAGACGGGUCCCCUCCUACAACUUUCCCUUCAGGACGUCGGUCGGCAGAUACGGGAAGAGGGGCGAGACGUCUCGGCUCAGCGACGCGGACUCCGACGGCGAGGACUUCACGGUGACGUUACCGGCCUUUCCCGGGCUCUUCGGCCUGGACAACACCACCCCGUACGACCGGCAGGACGGCGGGCGAGCCGGGGACUGGUCCGGGGGACACGUCGACCAACUCCCGCUGCCUCAGCACCCGAAAAGGGCCGAGUUCCAUUAUCGCACCAACUCCAGCAGAUACGGCAGGAGGAAGAGAUCCGCGCAGUAGAGUAAGAAGAUCCCGUUCUUUAUCGCAUCACACUUCCACUGUGCGGAAAAGGGCAGCCAACGUACGUCCAACCAUUUCAUCUUGACUUUCUCUCUGACACUCCUAGUCGUUCAUUAUGAUUACGUAGAACACUCCACACCUUUCCCCUCUCUAUACUUCUUUCUGGAUGAUAUCUACAAUGUAGUUUGGACCGGAAAACUUUGGAACUGCACAGGAAAAUGAAGUGAACGUUGGUUGUUGUGACCAGUGUAACAUCUUUACUUUAGGACAUACCAUCUGCGGCAUAUUAUAACUGUCGGUGGUGCGACACGGCGGUGGCUUUCGUGUCUGAUGUGUUGUCAGGAAUUAAAGCUAACGAU